AUGCCUUCCUUUCACCACAAAUCACGUCAAUCUUUGGACGGACUCUACAAUCGUACUAUCGUGGUUACAAUCUCCCAGCAGAACCUGGUCAGCCUUUUGGAGAUAACCCUGUGGAUCCUCUGUCAAGAGGCAUCAUGCCAGCCUCAGUGGCUCAACGAAAUAUUUGGUGGACAGCCUUUGUGGCUCAAAGAUAAUAAAGAAGAAUGGCCUCAAAGUUCCGUUCCUACACAAGUAAAGGACCUUCCUGAAAGAAGAUCGAAGACCAUCGCCGCAGUUACUGCUACGUCUCAAGAGUUUGACAUCUUCAAUCGCUACUCGAUGUUCACAAGGCUCAUUCGAGUGGUCGCUUACAUUUAUCGGUUUGCAAGAAAUUCAAGGAAGGCAAAAACCAAAACCCAGAAUAUGCACGCACCUUCAACAACGAAAAAACAUAUUAUUUCACCAAUCACACCAGAAGAACAGAAUCAAGUCAUCAUUCAUUUAUUAAGGAUAAUUCAGACAAUUUACUUCACCGCAGAAAUAAGAUCACUUGAUAAAGGGGAAGCCAUAAAUAAAAACAGUCCCCUCCUAAAACCAAAUCCAUUCAUUGACGAUUCUGGAGUCUUGAGAGUGGGAGGUCGAUUAAAAGAAGCAACACUUCCAUACUCGACAAAAUACUCGAUAUUACUGCCUAGAAACCAUCCAUUCUCUAGGCUUGCCACGUUAGCAGCAAUACGUGAAAGGUUUUGGAUCAUAUCAGGACGCAAUCUCGUUCGACAAACUGUUCAAAAAUGUGUCACUUGCUUUAGAAGUCAACCUAAGGCUGCUUCAACGAUUAUGGGAAAUCUUCCAAGGGCACGAGUCAACAUUCCUAAGAGGGCAUUUGACCAGUGUGGCGUAGACUACGCAGGUCCCUGCUAUUACAAGAAGGGCACUAGAAGAAAUGCCAAGCAAAUAAAAUGCUACAUCGCCGUUUUCAUCUGCUUAGCCACAAAGGCAAUCCACUUGGAGUUGGCUACCGGCUUAUCUUCCGAAGCAUUUUUAAACGUCUUCAAGCGUUUUAUAGCCAGAAGAGGUUGUUCGUCUGAUAUUUAUUCGAACAACGGCUUAAAUUUUGUAGGCGCUGACCGCGAAUUAAGCGAAUUAUCCAACCUACUCAAGAACCAAACAAAUCAACAGCAAGUUAGCGAUCAAUUGUCAGAUAAAGGAAUUCAUUGGCACUUUAUACCGCCCAGGGCACCUCACCACGGUGGUAUAUGGGAAGCUGCGGUAAAGGCAGACAAACGCCAUUUAGUUCGAAUGACGAAAAAUUCUACUUUAAAAUAUGAAGAACUAAAAACAUUUCUCAUUCAAAUCGAAGCAAUAUUGAACUCUCGUCCAAUUACUCCACUUUCAUCAGACCCUAACGACCUAAGUUCAUUAACGCCAGGGCACUUUCUAAUAGGUAUUCUACUUACAUCUUAUCCAACGCCAUCUUUAGAAGAAGUACCUACCAAUCGGUUGUCCCGUUGGCAGGUUCUUAAUAAAGUGAAUGGUUGUAUGUGCUACGAUUAUCACUUAAUCGACCGGAUCAACCCUGAUCUUGCUUCAAUCGGCCGGAUCAGCCUCGAUCUUGCUUUAGUCGGCCAGAUCAGCCCUGAUCUUGCUUUAGUCGACCGGAUCAGCCCCGAUCUUGCUUUAAUCGGCCGGAUCAGUCUCGAUCUUGCUUUAGUCGGCCGGAUCAGCCCCGAUCUUGCUUUAAUCGGCCGGAUCAACCCCGAUCUUGCUUUAAUCGGCCGGAUCAAUCCCGAUCUUGCUUUAUAA